GGCAGUGUGAGGUACAGAUGGUGUCAGGUACAGGUGGUGUCAGGUACAGGCGGUCUGAGGUACAGGCAGUGUGAGGUACAGGCAGUCUGAGGGACACCAGGCCUGCCCGGAGGCUGGCUGUCAGGACAAUGAGCCCAAACCUGCUCUGAGGGUUCAUUGCCAAGAGCCUGAGCCUGCACCCUCCUGCACGAUGACGCUGACUCAAGCCGAGAAAGCUGCCGUGGUCGCCAUCUGGGCAAAGGUGGCUCCCCAGAUUGAUGCCAUUGGGGCAGAAUCACUGGAGAGGCUUUUCUUCACCUACCCCCAGACAAAAACCUACUUCCCUCACUUUGACCUCAGCCACAGCUCCCCUCAGCUUCGUGGCCAUGGCUCUAAAGUCAUGAAUGCCAUCGGGGAAGCUGUGAAGAACCUUGAUGACCUUAGAGGUGCUCUGGUCAAACUCAGUGAGCUGCACGCUUACAUCCUCAGGGUGGACCCUGUGAACUUCAAGCUUCUUUCCCACUGCAUCCUGUGCUCCCUGGCUGCCCACUACCCCAAAGACUUCACCCCAGAAGCUCAUGCUGCGUGGGACAAGUUCCUGUCCAGUGUUUCCUCUGUUCUGACUGAGAAGUACAGAUAAAUGACUUCUGCAUCCCUGCUGCCAGGCCCUGGGAUACUCCCUCCUUCCUAUGCUGUCCUCUCUAAUCCUCUAUGGUUGGGUGUGACCUACUG